AUGGAUCCGAUCGAAUCUAUGGACUACAAUGGCUUUGAGACCUCUAACGGUAACUCUCACGUCGACCAUGGAUGGGAGAAAGUCGUGUACCCAAAACGCAAUCGGAAGCAAAAACCGGCGGAUCAAGCGGCGGCGAGUGGUAAGAUUGUUCCUAAUGGAAACGUAUCUAACGGCGAUAGCGUUUUCCGUGGCCUUGAGAAGGAAGCUGAGGGUCGAAGACAACGGAUCCUUGCGGAGAAGAUGGCUGCUGCUGAUGUUGAGGAUGAGCUAGAUGGUGCGAGAUCUAAACGCCGAUCUAAUGAUUACGGCGAUGAAGGGUAUGAUUUCGAUGGUAGCGAUGAUGAUGAGAUCACGGCGAGGAAUGAGAAUCUAAAGAAGACGGAGGAAACUAAAAAGCCGAAACCCAAAAAGGAGAAGAAGCCAAAGGUUACUUUACCUGAAGCAGCUUCGAAGAUCGAUCCUUCAAAUCUCGAAGCUUUUCUCAUUGAAGCAUCGGAAUCGUAUGCGACUCAGCCGGACAUUCAGCUUAUGAGAUUUGCAGAUUACUUUGGGAGAGCUCUUUCCGGUGUAUCAUCUGUUCAAUUUCCAUGGGUGAAGAUGUUCAAGGAGUCUCCUUUAUCCAAGCUGAUCGAUGUUCCGUUAUCUCAUAUUCCGGAACCAGUUUACAAAACAUCGGUGGAUUGGAUCAACCAACGUCCAGUUGAGGCUCUUGGAAAGUUUGUAUUGUGGGCGUUUGAUUGUAUUCUAACAGAUUUGGCAGCACAACAAGGAGGUGCUAAAGGUGGGAAGAAGGGUGGACUACAUACUUCUUCUAAAUCUCAGGUGGCAAUAUUUGUUGCAUUAGCAAUGGUAUUGCGUAGGAAACCUGAUGCUUUGACUAAUGCAUUGCCGACUCUGAGGGAGAAUCCUAAGUAUCAGGGACAGGACAAGCUUCCGGUUACAGUCUGGAUGAUGGCUCAGGCCGCUCAAGGUGAUGUAUCUGUAGGCUUGUAUUCGUGGGCACACAACUUGUUACCUGUAGUCAGUAAUAAGAACUGCAACCCUCAGUCAAGGGAUCUCAUCCUUCAGUUGGUUGAGAAAGUUUUGUCGAACCCAAAGGCUCGGACCAUACUUGUAAAUGGAGCUGUUAAGAAGGGAGAGAGACUGAUUCCACCUCCUUCAUUUGAGAUCUUGGUGCGGCUUUCAUUCCCUACUUCAUCCGCAAGGGUAAAGGCUACAGAGAGGUUUGAGGCGAUAUAUCCCUUGCUGAAGGAAGUGGCUCUUGCUGGUGCACCAGGAAGCAAGGCAAUGAAACAAGUCACACAACAGAUAUUCACUUUUGCUCUGAAAUUAGCUGGAGAAGGAAAUCCUAUUUUAACCAAGGAAGCUACAGCAAUCGCUAUCUGGUCUGUGACCCAAAACGUUGAUUGCUGCAAGCACUGGGACAAUCUCUACAAGGAGAAUCUAGAAGCUAGUGUUGCUGUUCUUAAAAAACUUGUAGAGGAAUGGAAAGAGCAUUCCCUCAAACUAUCAUCAUCACCGAGUGAUACUGCCACUCUCAACCGAACUAUGAAGAGCUUCAGGCUGAAGAACGAGGAAGCCAUCACUGAAGGAGAAGCCAAUGGUUCUCUUUACAAAGAAGCUGACAAAUCCUGCAAAGUGAUCUCAGGGAGACUCUCCCGUGGCAGUGGCUGCCUUAAAGGAACAGCCAUUACUGCUGUAGUCCUAGCUGCAGCAGGAGCCGCUGCUGCAGCUGUUCUAUCCUCAAACCCGGAGGCUAUAACCGAGCUGAGGAACCUGGUGGACUCAUUGGACCUGAACAAAUACGCUCAGGCAAUCACCACAGCUUUGAAGAUGUAA